UUGAAUGGAGGAUCUGAAAGGCAGCUGAGGUUACACAACGGCCGCCGUUUCACUGAAAACACCGUCCGGUUCCCCAGGAGCGCCGCGAAUCGCCGGGAACGAGAUGGAUGCUGCGGAGGCGGCGGGGAUGGCGGAGCUGGAGGGGCUGGAGUUUGGGAAGUCGGACUUCGUGCUGCUGGAUGAGGUGACGAUGGGGCAGUUCAUGGAGAACCUGAAGCUGAGGUUCGAGAAGGGCCGGAUCUACACCUACAUCGGGGAAGUGGUCGUGUCCGUCAACCCGUACAGAGAGAUGGACAUCUACGGCAAAGACGCCAUCGACGCGUACCGCGGCCGGGAGCUGUACGAAAACCCGCCGCACCUGUACGCCGUGUCCGACGCCGCCUACAAGGCCAUGAAGAGGCGGGCCAAAGACACCUGCAUCGUCAUCUCAGGUGAGAGCGGUGCAGGAAAAACAGAAGCCAGUAAAUACAUCAUGCAGUACAUCGCAGCCAUCACAAACCCCAGCCAGAGGGCAGAGGUCGAGAGCGUGAAGAACGUUCUGCUGAAGUCCAACUGCGUUCUGGAGGCCUUCGGGAACGCCAAGACGAACCGCAACGACAACUCCAGCCGCUUCGGGAAGUACAUGGACAUCAACUUUAACUUCAACGGCGACCCGACCGGAGGACACAUCAACAACUACCUGCUGGAGAAGUCCAGGGUGGUGCAGCAGCAGGAGGGGGAGAGGAACUUCCACUCCUUCUACCAGCUGCUGCGCGGAGGCUGCGAGGAAACCCUGAAGUCGCUUCACCUGGAGAAUGACGCUGCACUUUACACGUACACCAGAGAGGGCGCUGCAACUGCUACUUCCAACAACGAUCGCUCGAGCCACAAAGCGGUGAUGAGCGCCCUGGAAGUGAUCGGCUUCUCUAAAGAAGAGAUUACUACCAUCUACCAGAUCCUCGCUGCCAUUUUACUUUUGGGUAACGUGGAGUUUGGGAGCGAAGGCGAGAGCGUUCAGAUCCUGGGUCAGGAUACGGUGAACCACAUCUCGGAGCUGACCGCCACAGAUCCCGACUCCGUUGCCAAGGGCCUUCUUUUCCGAACCGUGGCAACCGGCGGCGGCGAGGUUAUCGAGAAAGGUCACACGGAGAAGGACGCCUGCUUCGGCCGGGACGCCUUCGCCAAGGCACUUUAUGAAAGGCUUUUCGGCUGGAUCGUGAGCCGCAUCAACAGCAUCAUCGAGGUGAAAAACUACAACCCAGUGCUUCAUGGGAAAAACACAGUCAUAGGUGUGCUGGACAUCUACGGCUUUGAGGUCUUUGACAACAACAGCUUCGAGCAGUUCUGCAUCAACUACUGCAACGAGAAGCUGCAGCAGCUUUUCAUCGAGCUGAUCCUCCAGCAGGAACAGGAAGAAUACCAGAGAGAAGGAAUCACCUGGCAGCAUAUCGAUUACUUCAACAACCAGAUCAUCGUUGACCUGGUGGAGCAGCAGCACAAAGGAAUCCUGUCCAUCCUGGACGAAGCUUGCCUCACCGUGGGAAAAGUGACGGACACGGUCUGCCUGGACAGCAUGGACACCAAGCUGACUCAGCAUCCUCACUACACGUCCCGCAAGCUCAGUCCCACAGAUAAAACCAUGGACUUCCAGAAACAUUUCCGUAUCCGCCACUACGCUGGAGACGUCACAUAUUCUGUUGACGGUUUUCUGGACAAAAACAAGGACCUCCUUUUCCAAGAUUUUAAGCGUCUCAUGUACAACAGUUCGAAUCCGGUCCUGAAGGAAAUGUGGCCAGAUGGUCAGCUGAGCAUCACAGAGGUCACCAAGCGACCUUUGACCGCUGCGACGCUUUUCAAAACCUCCAUCGUGGCUUUGGUUGAUAAGUUGGCCUGCAAGGAGCCGUACUACGUUCGAUGCAUAAAACCCAACGAGAUGAAGUCUCCGGUGCUGUUCGACGACGCGCGCUGCAAGCACCAGGUGGCGUACCUGGGUCUGCUGGAGAACGUGAUGGUCCGCCGUGCCGGCUUCGCCUACAGGCAGCAGUACCCUCGCUUCCUGCAGCGGUAUAAAAUGACGUGCGAGUACACCUGGCCGAACCACCUGAUGGCCACGGACCGGGAGGCGGUGGAGGCCAUCAUCACGCAGCACGGUUUCCAGGGCGACGUGGCGUAUGGCCAGACCAAGCUGUUUGUUCGGACGCCGCGGACGCUCUUCACGCUGGAGCAGGAGAGAGCCGCCCUGGUCCCCAUCCUGGUGCUCUUUCUGCAGAAGGUUUGGCGAGGCGCUCUCGCUCGCCUGCGAUGCAGUCGGAUGCGCGCCAUCUACACCAUCAUGGGAUGCUACAAGCGCUACAAGGUCAAGGCCCACUUCUGGGAGGUGGAGCGCCGUUUCGCGAGCGUGCGGACGAUGCCGGACUACGGGAAGAGCGUGGAGUGGCCGGCGCCGCCCGCAGCUCUGGCCCAGUUUCACAGCAUCACAACCAUGCUGCAUCGCAGGUGGUGGGCGCGGCAGAUCGUGAAGAACAUUCCUCCGUCUGACAUAUUGGAGGUUCGAGCCAAAGUGGCGGCGCUGACGUCUCUGAGCGGGGAGAGGAAGGACUGGGGUGUCGGCCGAGCCUGGGAGAGAGACUACCUGUCCAGCGUGCGGGACUGUCCUCACACCAGCGCUGCCUUCAUCAGAGUCUCCAAAGAGCUGAAGAACAAAGACGGCUACAGCCAGGUCGUCUUCUCCGCUUUCUGCAGGAAGAUGAACAGGUUCAACAAAAGCACAGACCGAGCGCUGCUCGUCACGGACACGUUCGUCUACAAAUUGGAGCCGAAGAAGCAGUACAAGGUUCUGAAAAGGCUUCCUCUGGACUCGUUUACAGGACUGAGCGUGACCAGCGGGGCCGACCAGAUGGUGGCGCUGCACACGUCCUCCCAGGACGACGUCCUGCUGUGUCUGCAGCAAGGCGAACUUUGCCCCAACCAGGACCGAGUGGGAGAACUGGUCGGAGCGCUGGUGGAUCACUUCAUACGCAUCAGAAAAUCUCUGCUUCCCGUGAAGGUCUGCCGCUCGGCGCUGCAGCUGCACAUGCGAGGGAAAUCCAAGAACGUGACGGUGGAAACCAAACCGGGUCAGAACGUGGCGGACUUCAAGAAGACCAAAGACGGUUUCAUCCUCCUGGUUCCUGAGAAAUGAGAUCUGAGAUCCAAACUGGGACUUUUUAAAACCCGGUUUGUUUCAGGGUGGAAACCUACAAAGGACUCAAGUCUGCCGCAAAACUGAGAUUUUUCUGCUUUUUUAUAGAAUUUUUUAUCAUAUAAUCAAUAAUUAUAAUAAAAUCUCUGCAUCCAGGUGUGUUUGACCUGAAACACAACCAUGGAGAAUAAAUUAUUCAAGCUCUACCUGAUUCUGAUGCUCUGCAGAGGAAACUGGACGUUUAUUUCCUUCAAUCUGUUUAAUUUGCUCUUGUUUUGCUUGAGCCCCUGCUGGAGAAACUCCCUUAAUAAACUGAAUUUACUGACUCAUUAGAAGCCAAACCAGCUUUGGACGACCUGCUGAGGUGAUUAUCCCAGAAUGUUCUGGAGAUAAAACUGUUUGCAAACGUAACUCAGUACAUCUGAACGCAGCGUGUGCUUCGGCUCCUUUUCUAGUCAGAAGAGAUUCGUUUAUCUGCUGAGCUGCGUUCACACGGCAGGAAGUUCAACACAAAAAGAAAUAAAUUAUUCACAGAAGAAGCCAGAAUGAAGUCUGAUUUCAGUUAAAUUUCAUUAAUCGUAUGAACGACCACAAAAAAUAAAAAACAAAAAAUCAGAAAGACCUGUUGUUUGAAUGUAGCAAUAGUUAGUAAAUUAAAGUGGAUCGUUGGUGGUUCCCUGAGGAACGCCACCUGUGAUUUUAGUUCGCUGAGCACAUAGAACCAGUUUACCAGAACCUGACAGGCCCACUGAUUUAGCUAAUUCAAAUAUUACAGCCAACGUUUGGCAGAGUGAAUUUCUGUUGACUUUAAAAUUGCACUUUGACAUUUUUAAACUAAAUUAGCAUAACAAAAACACAACAAUUUCAACAAAAAAACAAUAUGAGGUGAUUUUUGGGUCGUAUCAAAGUUGGGUUAUUUCACAAAACUAUAAUAGAAAAAGUUUUUCGGAUCAUACCAGUCACAUGAUCAACAACCGGAUGUUGCCACUAGCGUAAACCACGAAGAAGAAGACAUUAGGAAAUAGUUGGACGAUGUUUUUAAUUACUUCUCAUGUGAAAAGGUUUAUUAAACUGUGAUUUUAUUUGCGUUUCUUAUUUAAUGGAAACGUCGCAAUCGCGAAAUUGUGUUUUUUCCCCAACAUUAGCAGAAUAUCGACAAAGUUUUGCUCACAUUAGUAAUGAAAAUGCAGCCACUGAAUGUCGGAGAGGAGAAAAUAUGAGAAGGUAAGAAUUUUUUAGAGAUGGUUGGUUUUACUUUCUGUGAUAAAAACUUGUUUCUGGUUUCUGUUAGAAAACUGCAGAAAACAGUGGGAUGCUGGUGGUCACCUCAUCUCCAUGGCAACCAUCUACCAUCAACUUGUUAGCCUGUUGCUAACUAACAAGUUAUAAAAAGCGAUCUCAGACCUAUCAAUAAAAAACGUUUCCAUU